GACAACUCAGACACCGACGCCAGCACAGAUACCGAGGAGCUCUAUUGCGAUAAGAACGGCAAUCCGAUCACGCUACCUUCUGCGAUGGAGGAGUUCAAGACCUACGUCACAAGACGGCGGCCAGAACCCAUGCUGAUGGCGCUCAACAAGCAGGACAACUUCAACCUGGUGGAUUUCGUGUAUUUCGGGCCUCCUGCACAACAGACAGUAGGCGAUUUGGUCCACCAUGUAGACGACACGGAGAUCAGUUUCAACAGAGAAGAACCAGUAGCAGAGUGUGCUCUACUUUGGCGCACCGCCAACUUAGAGGUUCGCACCACACAACCAGUACCUGAAGGCUAUGGCCCUGUUAAUUUCCAGUCCAAGGCGAAGCCGAGUAGUCGAGUCAGCAAGCGAGACCUACACAACCUUACGGCAGGGGAUCAGCGUCAGCAUCACAAUCAUGUCAUCAACUCCAUGGGGCGUGAGUUGCAGCAGUGGCUUGAGUGGGAGAGCGUCGGCAUCGUGCUGAAGAGGGGCGCGAAGAACCGCGCAGACGUCAUCUGGGUCUUCAGGUGGAAGAUCACAGUCAAUGAUGACAAGGGGCAGCGCGACGUCAAAGGCAGAUGGACAGAGGUUUCGAAGAUCGGCAAUCACAG